ACUUGUAAUAAUACGUCAGUUAAGAUCGUGUGAUUUUUGCAACCGCCAUGGAUCAGCCGGCCAGCAGCUGCAUGCGGAGCGCCCACCCCAGCAGCCCGAUCUGGGGCUGCAUGAGGAACCCUCACUCAGGGGCCAAUCUGCAGUCGCCCUACCAGCAGGCCCCGUUCUCCCUCCACCAGAAGCCCGACUUCCUGACCUACACGGACUUCUCCAGCUCCUGCCUGGUGCCGACCGCGCCGCAUGCAUCCUAUCCGCGCGACGACAGGCAGUACCAAGAGAGCCAGGCGGUGUACCAGAGAGCCGAGUGGCAGUUCAACCACUGCGAGACCCGGGUGAGGGCGCCCGAGGCCUGCCCGGUCGUGGUCGCACCCGUGGCCGGUGCCCUAGGCGGAGGAGGGCCCGAGCUGGACAGUGUAGCGGGAGACAGGCUCCCAGGGGCCGUGGCCGGAUGCCUGGAUGGAGAGUACUCGCCUCAGAGCGCGGCGUCGGCCGACUCCGACAAGAAGAGCUCCAAUAAGAGGAAGAGAGAUGUCACAGAUACCCAGGAGUCUGGUUUUAAGGUGGACUCCAGCUGCAAGGCCCGGAAAGAGCGCACGGCGUUCACCAAGGAGCAGCUGAGGGAGCUGGAGGCCGAGUUCACCCACCACAACUACCUGACCAGGCUGCGCCGCUACGAGAUCGCCGUCAACCUGGACCUCACAGAGAGACAGGUGAAAGUGUGGUUCCAGAACAGGAGGAUGAAGUGGAAGAGAGUGAAGGGAGGACAGUCGUCUUCGCCAAACGACCUGGAAAAUGACGACAUAGACUCGGCGGCUUCGCCCAGCUCUGAAUGAACAAAAAAAGAAAUGAAAAAAGGAGAUGACACAGAGAGACUUGGGGUCAACUGGACACCAGCGCAGCAAAAUGCAACCUUCAUUCCCUUUUUUGGAAAGCUGCAGGAAUCAAACAAGACUCUUUUUAUCACCCAGGAAGAAAUCAACGAGCAUCUUCUUUGCCUUUGUAAAUAGUUGAUUUAUGUCCACAAUGAACUGCAUUUUGACACAUUAAUGAUAAAUACUCUGUUCAAGAGGCCACCUCUUGUUGCAUUGACUGUGUUUUAAAUAUUAGAGAUGAUAGGUAUGGUCAUUGUAGAUCAGUGACAAAGUCCAGAUAGAAGCUUUUAGGCCAGUGAUGACAUAUCAGACUGUGAUGUGAUUGUGUUUGAGAGCAUCUCCUCUGGUUCCAAUAUUGUAAUCUUGGCCUUUGACGCUUGACUACAACCACCUGGGAAAACUCAGACUGUACAAGUGUUGCCAAGCCAUAAGUGCCUCAGAAUCAGAUGACUUUUGCUUCAUUGUGUCAGUUUCUUUUUCCUAGAGUAUCGGUUUUUUUUCUUUAA